AACAUUUCAGGAUUAUCUACCAUAUAACACCCAAAAGCCGCAGUUAUAUUGACAUUCUCGCAAACAUUUGACGCGAACAUUACCUGCUGGUGCAGACUAAGCAGCUGAAAUACUCAGUGUCGUCGAACCCCUCCUGAAUGCAUAACCACCAGGAAGAACUGAUGCUGCCGUUUAAACAUGGAGCUGAAGUUGGAGGUUGUUUUGUCAUCCAGCAUCAAACGGAAGAAACCAUGGCCGCGAUUCUGCUGGCUUGGCCAGGAGAAGGAGUCGGUGUUCCUGUUAGAUGACAAACGGAUCAGUGAGAUCAACAUGGUGUCUGGUCGCACCAAGAAGAGAACACCUAAACUGCAUCCUUUGCUCAACAGCGUGGUGACAAUGGCCUCAUCCCACAAUGGGAUGUGGCUUUGCGGACUUUUGGUCUCAGGAGAACUGUUUCUGUGGAACAGGGAUAAAGAUUUGUUGAAAACCGCUGCAGCUGUCCCAGAAGUUGUUCAGAUUAUUACUUCUGCUCAAGGAGGUUCCACAAAGUUGUCUCUCCAGGUUUCAUGGGACGGGAUGCGUGUUGUCCUGGUAGCCAUAACUGGGCAAGUGUUCCUAUGGGAGUGUCUGGAUGCGAGAGAUUUAACAGGACUGCGAGAUGGCCCAGUUAAGGGACACUGGGCGUAUAUACAGCCCCUUGAAGAUACCAUUUUACCUUCUUCACAAGACAAAGAAGCAUCCCAGCACACCAUCUUUGUUAAGACAGAGGUUAUGGGUGAUACCUGCGUGUCAGCCUUUGUUUUCAUGUCUGGGAAGAAGCUUAUCAUCACCUGCCUUAAAAUCCAGUGGAAAGAGUGCCAUGUGACAGUGGGUUCUGUGGGAUACAGCAUACAGUGGGCCACCAAGACGUACCCCAUGUCUCGUCUCACCCCACCCUGCCAACCAGUGAAGUCCAGAGGCGCCUUGGUGCCAGCCAUCUCCCCAGACGGCCGACUGUUAGCCGUCGUCCUGAACCAGAGGCAGCCAAAGGCUACGCAGGUCCUCUUCGUGAGCACACAGAAUUUUGUGUCAAUAUCAAGUGGCCUUGGAGGAUGUGGAAGCAAAAAAAUGGAGAUCCCUGCAAAAUAUAUAAGGUCCUACUGGGUGGGCAGUGUCAGCUGGUCACCCGGAGGCCUUUUCUUGGCCUGUGUUCUGAAGAGAGGCUCCCUUCUUAUGUUGGCUCGCCUUGGGGAGCUUCUCACUCUAACGAGCUCUGGCUGUAACGUUGACUUUGGGCCUGCAAACUUCCUACCGCUACACCCUCUGGUCACAUACCGGCCGCCAGUGUCUGCAGGCAAAGCGGAGGCCUCUCUCUCCAGCUCUAGCAUGUCUGUGCGGGACGUCCUGAGGCAGCGGUACUCUGUGACUUGGCAUCCACGACUGAUGUAUUUCAUUGUGUCUGAUGGCUACAUGGCCACGGUUAUGAGGGUGCAAGACAGGUCCUGUUCUCCUGCCCUGUUGCUGAAAACGCUUCUAAAGGACACGAGCAAGGAUCUGGAGAAGGCCAGCCGGAUACUGGAUAAAUCACAGACGCAUGUGAAGGCAUGGCUGGAGUCAGUGUCUUGCUUGAAUCUGGACAGCAGCCUGGAAGAGUUCAAAUCAACUGUUAUGCGUGGGCCCAACACCACAGACUCGGUCAUUUCAGCAGAUGGAUCCACUUUGCCUCCUUUCCUGUUGGACCAGCAGACAUUAGGUGGCACCAGGGAGCUUCUUGAAAGCGUACAGGCUUUCUUUGAGGAAGACUCCGAUGUAGACGGACUUCCUGCUGGCUCUCAUGCAGAGGAUGGUGGUCGUUUGGAGUUUGCCUCAAUGUUUGAUACACUCCAUGCCCUGGACACACACACUGACCCAAGCCCAGAUUAUGAAAGAGACUUUGUUGAAACAGACAGGAAGACUCCUCUUCACCGUAGACUUGGAAAGAUCCAGAGUAGGCUGCUAACGGCCUGGGCUUUUGGCCUGUCUCUAGGAAAUGCUGUGGAGCACAGAGCUCGUCUGCUGAAGCAUACGCUCCGCUGCGUGGUGCGAUUUGCUGCUUUACUUCAUUUGAUGCCCAGCUCGGCGGUCCAGACUGGAGAAAAGAGCCUCCUGCACCUCAUCAAAGCCCUUCUGUCAUUCCUCCCCUGGGAUAGCACUCCCUCAGAAGGGCCACGCUGCUUGGGGCUGAUGGUGGAGUUCAGUAAACGGAUAGUACGCCUCCUGCUGACCCCUCACCCUGACUCCUACCAGACCAGUGACUGUCACCUAUCAUCUCAAAGUCUAUCCAGAGUCAUGUUCGUCUUGCAGCUGGUGUCUGAUUCUCUUGACCACACUUACAGCUUGCAGCUCAGGACUGUCUGGUCCUCUGCAGAGAAAGAAAAUCCUUCCCAGCCACCUCAGCUCUUGCCUUCUGAUGUGUACUAUGUGCCUCUGCUGCAGGAUGAAAAGGAAGAGAAAUCCAGUUUUGUGCAACAGGCUAGUCCUGUUCCCCAGAGACCAUCCAGCAGAUUGUUGGGAGUUUGGCAGCUGCUGUACAAUAUCACCCAGAAGUAUAUGGAAGAACUAAAAAGUUUUAAAGGCUGUGAUGGCUGGGAGGAGGAAGAACAACAGUUGUCUGUCAUCAUGUCGCAGAUCCAGACAGCUCUGCAGGCUGCAGGAGAAAGGCUAGAGGAGGGUCCUGCACUGCUGAGUUACCCAGGUGAACAUCUUUUCCUGUGUGGCUCGUACCCGAAAAGUGCAGAUACAUGGCGGUUACAACUUUGUGAAGAAAUUAACAAAAGCUGUGAUCGUAGUGUCUUCCAGGAGACUCGGCUUUGUCUGGCACUCCUGUAUAGUCUGUUAUCACAGUACCGUCUAAGAGAAGCCCAGGAAUUGGGGGACCACAUGGCCCAGCUAAUACUGCACAGGGCUGGACUCCAGAAGGACAAUACGACAGCGGAUUCUCUUCCUUGCUUAUGGCUGCCGAUGGACCUCCACAGCGAUGCAGCCUGUGCAGUGGUUCAGACCCUGGGCAGAUUCAUGGCCUCUUACUUCACCAACCAACCGCUCUACAUCCUGCCUCCUCACAAUGUGGCCCCGCUGCCUCCGUUACAUCUACCUCAUGCUCCCAGUGUUGGGCGUUUGAUGCCGCUGUGCCAGGAAGAGGUGGCUAAAGCAGUUCGACAGCAGCAUCUGUCAGAAGUGUGGACGGUGGACUAUGCCCAGGACCUGCUCCUGAUAGGAGGUCUGCUUCCUGAGACGGUGUGGUUGGCUUAUCACCUGGGGGACUGGAAGACAGCCGUGUCUCUGAGCCUGGCCUAUACCAGCUACUGCACUGACCAUCUAGACUUCACUCGGCUCAGGAGGAGAGAACUCCACCUGCCAACAACCUUAGAGCCAGAAAGCAUUUUUCAGGCUGAACUGGAGUGUCUUCUUGAUAACAAGGCUGACUCCAAAGAGUGCUCAGAUAAAGAUGGUGACAAGAGCUUUACAGAUCCUUUGGAAGGAGAAGACUUUGAUUUGUUACAGGUUUCCAUACAGGAGAUUCUGAAGGCAUCAGUCAUGGCGAGAGUGAAUGUUAUGUCCUCCCCAUUGUCUUCCUUGAUGGAAACAGCCAAAGACCUGUGUUCUUCCCUGCCUGCUUUGGUGCCUACUGGACUGUACCUGCCUUCCCCACCACUCUAUUGCCCGCAGCCUUCACCCAACACACAGGACCAAAUCGGGACAUUGAUGCAGUUUUCAGAAGUUGCGUGCCGACACAAAGUGUCUGGGGUUCUCCAGAGAUUGCUCUUACUCCUGAGAUCUGGUCAUUGUUGCUAUCCUGCUGCCCAGUGGUACGUCGGCCACCUGCGCCGUGCCAGACACCUGCUAUAUAAGCUCAAGAAGAAGUAUUGCUAUCCAUCAGCUGUUGAAGAGGAAAAGGCGUUCCCUGAGGGACUGAUGAGGUUUAUGACUCGUCAUGGAUUCUUCAGACGGGGGCCUAAUAAAGACGGUCACCUGGACCCUGACACCAUUCAGACUAUUAUCUGCUUCAGGGAGCUGUGUGCUUUAUGCUGGAUGCUUCACGUCAGGGACCAGCUCUCCAUUUGCUGCAGGAGAUAUCAGGCAGCCAGACAGCACGGUGGAGAUGAACAGAUGUCCGGUGAUGCAGAAGUGAAGUCUGCCUGUGUCGACGCUCUCCGCUGGGCCUGUCGUUUUCUGCCAUUUUGUCGCUUCCUCAAUGCCGAGGAAAUCCUUCAGGACGUGCUGCUCAGCCUCGUGUCCCAACUGCCGCCGGUGUCUCUGGUUGCAGACACAUUGGUACGAGCCUUCCCUGAGGACGAGGAGUCUGUCAGAGUCCCUUUGAGAGAAAAGUACAAUUCACUACUGCAGAGACUGAGGCUAUGCAGUGUGCUCGAAGGGGACAAAGAGGAUGAGAACGAGUUGAUGAUGAUUGUGAUUCAAGACAAAUUCAGGCAAAGGAGAAAACAUCUAGCACGCUUGCGGAGGCACUUGGGCCCCCCUGUGCUUCAUCUGUGGGAGAAAGAAGAGGAAGAGGAGGACAGGGGAAGCAAACAUGGGAUGGCCAUGUUGAGACAACUGUCACUGGGUACGAGCUUGAGCACCAGCACCUUAACUGAAUACGGCUUCCCUCCAGUGUGCAGUGACGGAGACACAGCGGAGAAUACAUCUGAGGCCAUCUCACCUGAGCAGCACUGCAGAGCCACGACCAGCCGCAAAAGUGCUAAAAAAUUAAAACACAAAGGCCAUGCAAAGAAGACAGCUGUUAAGAUCGAAAGUGUCAUUAAAGAGGAAGGUCACCGAGGCGAUGACAAGAAGAAGGAGCAGCCCUCACCGCCAGUGGUUGGCACCUGGGAGUUUGAGCUGGAGGAUGAGGAGUAUCUGAAUUUCCUGGAGCUCUUCCUCAGCUAUGUGCUCGAGAAGGACAGCACUGGUGGAGGGGACUCAGUCAGCGAACUUCCUUUGCUGAAGGGCUUCUGCUCUGAGCUGAGGGAGAGAGAGUUGCAUUCUCUCGCCUUUGACGUGCUCACCACGAUGCAACGCCGUCAACGAGAUGGGCGCCAUCCCGCGAGAAAACAUGUGGGCAAUGACCCUCCAGUGUUCAGAGCUGGCUCUUGCUACAAGCCUUCAAAAGAAGCUGCAUCUCCUGAGCGGCAAACUUCCUCCGUCUGGAGUGAAACUCCGCUAUCCAGGACCAGCCUUUCUGUCAGCUCUCAUCCUGGAUGGAGAACUGGGAGGAAAAAUGGUUUGUUUGGCCUCCGACAGCAAAGCAGUGCGCCUUCAGACCAAAAAGUAGAGGCUUUUGGUUCUGGAACCAGUCCUAUUCAAAGUGCCUUUAACACCGGGAAGCCAUCAGAGAGCUUCAUAUUUGGCUCCUCAAUGUCUGUAGAAGCUCUGCCUGAAUUACAGCAGGGCCUGGAUCCUAAAUUAGAGGCUCAGUAUCCAAAGCUGGGCAGGCUGCUGGAGUGGAUGGUACGCUGGGCGGACAGAAGGGUUCUAUUGGGACACCAUGGUAAAAAGAAGAAAGAUAAAGGAGGAGGAGUUGGGGGAGCAGCUGAUGAAGGGGUCGUGAUUCGUGUCAAAGCCUCAGCACCUGCCAUCCUCACUUCCCUCAGUUUGCUGGAGUACAAGUACACUGCUUUACUCGGGACUGACUGCUACAGUGCCCACAUCCAAGUUCCAGAAAUGCAACUGACCAUAGCCCCUGUGCUGCAGCCUGAGGUGGACAGGAAACUGGAGAGAGAGAGCAGUGUGGAUACAGGCUACCCUGCAUCAGCCAACACUCCCAUCACUGGUUUCGAUCACAAUCAACAGCAAGAAGAACUAUCCAUUGGUUCGUGCACAGAUGAACCAGAAGAGUUGACAUUCAACAGGACGCCUCUCCCUACUGACCAGCAACUCUCUCAGCUGACCUUGGAUUCUCAGCAGAGACAAUCCAGUUCACAACAAGCACCUCUGGAUGACUUGGAUGUUACGCCUGAAAAAGAAGGCAAAUGCAGCGACAGUGAGGUCUUGGAUGUGUCGUCUUCUGGUUCCAAAGGGAGCAUCUUUGGAAACAUCUGCACACCGGAAACGAGUUUAAAGCUUGCAGACCUAGACAACUCAGAAAAAGCUGAAGACAUGUCCAGUUCCACCUCUAUCCACAGUUAUGCUGGAAGCCUACGUAGUCCUCCAGACCCAGAGCCCCCUGCUCCUCCCACCAUCCAGCCUAAGGCUACAGUUCAUGCAGAACUUUCUGAUUCGGCUCCCGCGCUGGUCCCCAACCCUGCUGUAGAUCCUCCAGCCCCUCAGGCACAAAGCUCCACGGCUGAUGCACCCGCUGUGGAUUCUACAACCGCCAGUCAGCCAUCGACCGCCCAGACUCCAGCAAUGAGACACCGUCUGGGUGAAGACUUGUUCAGAUUGGUUCAGAAUAUCAACUACAUGAGUCUGAUGGAAGUUUUGGGAGCUUCAUUUUCCAACCUACAACUCGCCCAACAGAGCUUUUCGAUGGCCCAGGCUGACAUGAACUCCUCACACCCUAAUGUGCCAUCGUCUUUCAAUACCAGGUUCAUCCCUCAACCAAAUGCCUUGCCCAUUCAAACUCCCAGCUCUGCGGCACCUCAAGUUGAAGCAUCUGUGCCAAAUUCAGCAUCCAACAACUCUCAGCUCAGUCAGACCCCUGCAUGUAUGUUUGCAGCUCAGCCUGCUAUGCAAAGCUCAGCAAAAUCCUCUUCAGCAGGCAACCAGUAUCACAACAACACGAGUCUCCCCUCCAAUGCCAGUGGUGCAGCAGUCAACUAUCAGGAAAUGCAGCCAAUCUCCGUCCAGGCAGAGUCACCAGAAAUCCAGCUGAGGGAGAGCAGGAGGUUAAUCCCCUCCUCCCAGGGACUCCUGGCCACUACUGACACCAGUCAAGCUAUUCACAGUCCUCCUGCAUUUGUGCCUGCUAAUGGCAGCAUACAAAAUGACUCCAAUCCCCAAAUUUUGGGCAUGAAGUUACUUCAACUCCACCGUCCUCCUCUGUCACAUCAUCCACCUGCCCAGCGACCACAGGCGCUGCACGCUGCAAACCCUGCAACUGUAGAGGACAGUCAGCAGAACCUUAAACACAACCACCAAGCUGCCUCAAAGAGGGCAGGUGAAGAAAAAAGAAAUGGAUUUUCAGUUCCAAAGAGACAGCUGAGUUUUAAUCCUCCACAUGAACCAGCUCGCAGAAACUCUCAACCUCACAUCUGGCCAUCAGAACAGUCCAGAGGUCAAGAGUUCUCGCUGCUUCCUUCUUCUUUUCCAGCUCACACACCGGCACCGAUGCAGAGUCUUCGUCUGCUGCACUUUGAGCCUGUUUCACGCAACAACAUCAGCUUCCCAAAACUACCUUUGCCAUCUUCUUCCAGACCGUCUACUGUCUUUACAGCUCCACUGAGAGAAGCACCUGUGAUCAAGCUUCUACAUAUUGAAUCUGGGCCAAAAAUGAUGCUGCCCCUGGCUGCUCCCUCAACCCAAACAACCCGUCUCAUGUCUGUGGAAGAGUUGACUUCAGCGAUGGGGAGGCAGAAUGCAGAAGAGGCUCAGCUGCAGCUGCUUAGAGUCGAUGGAGCCGCUGAAAGCACUAGAAGGGCGACCACUUCUUCCAACUCUAACUCCAGCAAGAGGCAGAAGAGGAGAGAAGGGAAAAUGGAAAAGGCAAGAAAACCAGAAGUCACAUUCAAGCCAAAUGAGUCUAUCAUUCCUCCACAAGAGCCAGUCGAUGUGCCUGUAAGCGAAGAGCCUGCAGUUGCUGAAGAGGUCACUCGAGACAUUACUGGAUCCUUAGACCCUUUGCUGACUGGCCAAAGAUUGUUGGAUAAGGUCAUGUCCACGUCAGCUGAGCUCCACGCCUUUGCUUCCACAUGUAAACGACCUCCAGAGUGCCAUGAUGCUUUUACCAACACAGACCCAGCAUCUCUUCCCAUGCUGGUUGAUAAAGCUGUAUCCGUCCAGGCUAGUAACUCUAAAUCACAAAGUUCAGGAAAUUUCCAGAUGUGCAAUGAAAACCCUGUUCAACACUGCGAGGAGACCCCACAGGAACCACAGAAGAUUCUGAAUCUGGGUGGCCGUCAGUUUUUGAGUGUUUUAGAUCUAGAGGACAUGAUGCAGCAUCAAGAUCUGCUGCCGUGCACCGACGCAGGAUCACAGGAUGUUCCUUCCAUCCGCCCUUCUUCACCUACUUCUGCUCAGCUCCACGUUCUUGCGACAUCAGUUAUAAGGGGUGGUGCUGCUGCCGCUGAUCCGCAACCCUCAGUUCCAGCUCCAGAGGCUCUCCUGACGACACACAUCUCUCACCCAGAUAUCCCAGAAGAGUCUCCUUCCUUGAGCCACAUUGAGCCCAGUAGAGUUUCAGAAAGAAUCGCUCCACAGGACACUGGGAUAGUCGAUCCGUCUGACUCUCAGAUCUGUCAAGCCAUUAAGAAACAAAGUGUUGCACCUCGUGGAGCCUCCUCUUCAACUCCUACAGUCUGGUUCUCGUCCCGGCUGUCAGAGCUGGAUGCCCAGUUGGCUGCCUUACAGAACAUCGCAGAUCAUCUAGAGAAUGACUUCUCAAACUCCAGGAUGCUGGUGAACACUAUUGAAAAGCUCACCCUCGAUGUGGCUCCUGAUGUGAAGGCAAAGAAAACCGUCAGACUGUCCGUCCCACAGGAAGCAUGGACACCAAAGCCUGAUCCUGAGCUUUUAUUUGAACUGAAUGCCUAUGAAGAGGAAAAUCAAGAAGAAGAAGAAGAAGAAGAAUAUGUGGUUCCUGAAAGAAAGCCUUCUUUUCAUUAUUCUACUUCUCCUCACAGUCCAAAAGCUGGUCCUUCCUACCGUCACACCCCACCAAAAACACUGUUUCAUCUUUCACCUACAGGAAUGGAAGAUCAGUUCGUUGAAGCAUAUGGCGUAUCUCAUGUGUGGGCAGAUGAGAAUCUGGGUCAGACUGGGCUAUCUGAUACAGCAGAAAUCUUAGAUGAGUUAGUGAAGGACGGUUAUUUAUCUCCGACCGACUUGGAUUUUUCCUCUUCACAGACUGCAAACCCUCAAAGCAGGCCGGAACAGCCGCAAAGUAGCUGGAUGUCGCGGAAACGAGUCCUUCCGGAGGACGAGAGGAGGGAGCUGAGGAUCUGGAUGAGAAGGAAGCAGAGGGAAAGACUGGCUGUGUAUCAAAAACAAAGGGAGAGCCUGAGAGAGAGGGAGCGCAAACCUUUCUGUAACUCUACAGCAGUGAAAUCAGCAAACAGAAAUCAAGCGACUGUUGGGAGAACCAGAAAGGAAAAAGAGAAGGUCAUGCUUCUGGAGCAGUUCAACCAGAGGACCCGUGAGGCUUAUUCUUUGGCCAGUGAUUUUCCCAACUCUACUGUAACCCUGAACACUUCUCCACAAACUGAAGGUCCUCCGAUGACCUCCACCACACGGUCGACCUCCGCUCCGCCCACACACAGGACAAACAGUGCUGCUGUUGAUGAUAAAAGAAGUCAUAAGCUCCAGUCAGGACAAGCUCUGCUCCAUCUUCGCCCAGAGUCUGCUGAUGUGCAGAGGCGGCCUUCGGAGGAUCAUCGCAGGAGACUGGGACUGCAUAGACCAGUGACAUCUUUGCCAAGGGACCGUCUGUCUCAGGUGACCAGGCGUGGCAUGAUCUCUGACACAAAGAGCCACGCUAAACUGAACACAGCCAGCCAGAGUGAGGAACGGCAUGUUGGACACCAGAAAAAGAUGUUCAUGAACAGAGGCUUUUCAGCUGUAGGAAGAGGGACCCUGAGGGAGCAGUCAAGGAUUGAAGAGAGAGAAGAGGUGGAUCGUCCAGAAUUGAACAGGCUGCAGCGCCUAGAGGACUCUAAGACUGUUUUGGCGGCGCUUUUGGAUGACCAGGAUGAUGGUGCCAGAGCUGGUGUUUCAGGGAUGGACUGGUUGGACGAUCUCUCCCUGAGCGCAAGCAGCAGCCUCAGCAAAAUAGACUGGGCUGCUAUUGAGAGGAUGGUGGCUGAAGAAACUUGAGUGUUUCAAGGACAUUUUUUUAAAAAGUGCCACAUUGACAUUUAAAUAAAUUUUAUGUCCUUAGGAUAAAAUAAUAUGCCAAGAUUUUUUGUGCCAGUUGCAAAUAUUGUAAAUUACAUGUGUUUAAACUGUGACAAUAGAAAGUAUAAGAUGCUUAAUAAAUCCUAUAUGAUCAACAGUGAUAUUUAAUAUCAUAAAAAUAUCUUUAUAGACUUUAAGUGCCAGUGAUGUCUGCUGUGAUGCCGUGAAAAUGUAGGUUUGUGCCAUUUGUGUCUAAAGUUUUCUGCAUUUAUACUUUAUUUUUUAUACACAGUUGGCUGCCUUAACAAAUAAACACUUAAAAGCUG